GGCCGGGGCCCGCCGCUGCAGCCAGGACAAUGAGGGUUCCUGUGCGGCGAUUGUCCGGGCUCUGGCCGUGGCUGCUCAUGGCUGUCUUGCAGGUGGCGUUGGGCCACACGGGCCUGGAACUAGCCGCUGCUGUGGAGUCCGAACGCUCCGCACCCCGAGCCAUGAUCAAGGUGUCACUGCUGAAACAGGAGCCCACCAGCAAGCCAAUCACCCUAGAAGGGGUGUUCGCCGGGGGCAGCGCAGGCUAUGCUGAAGGGAAACUGAUGCAGUCUCACCCGCUGUCUCUGUGUAACACCAGCGAAGAUGACCGUCAGGAGACCAUCUUCAUCAGCAUCGUCAAACUCGAGAGUCCAGAGAGCAAAGUGCCGCAGUGCCAGCCGCUGCUGGAUAAAGCUCGUCUGGCCCUUCAGAGAGGCGCUCAGGCGGUCAUCUUUGACAUCACAGAUGAUCCUGCUGCUGCUCAGGAGCUGCGUGAUUCAGGUUCGUUGCCUCGUCCAGUGGUGCUGGUGAAGUCAUCAGACGCAGAAGAACUGAUGGGACUCGUCAAUAAGAACGAAGAAGCCAUGGUGUUCAUAGACAUCAUGAUGGAGACUCAAAAAUGGGCCAUGUAG